UAAAAAAAUCACUGUUUUAUCAGAGAUUAGUAUUUAGGUAACCAUAAAUCUAUUUUGUUGAUACGUUUUUUUAGAAAAAUUCAAAAAUCUUAUCUGGUGUCUUUAAAUUAAAGGUUCUCCACCAAAAUGGAUGACUUAGAUGCAUUACUGCAAGACUUAGAAGCGACCAUACCCCCCCCAGUGGGAUACAGCCCGACAAAAUCAACGAAUGAUGAUGUCAUAUUUCCCCCCGAGACUUCAUUAAAACAACAGAACAACAACGCGAGCAGCAGUACAAUGAACAACCCUAAUCUAAAUGAACUGGACAUGCUAUUGGAGGAAUUGUACAUGACAGAAGCACCCGUGCCUCAGAAAGCCACCAUCCAAUCCCACCCCCCAACCACCACCCCUAUCAACAAACCCCUCACCCCACCCCCUAAGAAAAAGACGGUUGACAUCGAUAAUAUACUCGAUGAACUAGAAGAGACCGAGGAAGUGCCCGAGAAAACCCAAGCUUCAAGUGAGAAAUCUGAUCGUAGUUCCCCCACGGUGUCGGCAACAUCGGCCGCGCAACAACUUGAUGACCUCAUGGCUUCCUUGGUUGGGUUCCAGGUCGAUCAAAGGACAUCCACAGUAAGCACAAGUAGCGACAAGAGUGAUCCACCUUACGCCAAACCGGAUAAAUCCAGAUCAAAGCCGACUUCACCCACUGAAGUUGAACCACCAAAACAAACUAAUCCAAACGAUCUUGAUGCGAUGUUAAAAGACAUGAACACCGACCUUGUUAAACAAGGAAUACGAGCGGCUUCUAAAGGAAUAUGUGGCGCAUGUGGAAAGCCAGUUAUGGGGGAGGUAACCACAGCAUUGGGCAAAGUGUGGCAUCCUGAACACUUUGUGUGCGUGGUGUGCGAUAAUGAUAUCGGGACCAAGACAUUCUUUGAAAGGGAUGGGAAACCUUAUUGCGAGAAGGAUUAUCAUAAGUUAUUCUCGCCCACGUGCGCAUAUUGUGUGCAACCGGUGUUGGGGCAAUGCGUGACAGCACUUAACAAGACAUGGCACCCCGAGCAUUUCUUCUGCGCCAUGUGUAGCAACUUCUUUGGAGAUGAAGGCUUCCAUGAGUUUGAAGGAAAGCCUUACUGCAGGGCUGACUACUAUAAUAUGUUCGCCCCUAAGUGUGGAGGGUGCAUGAAACCAAUCCUAACCAACUAUAUAUCUGCACUUAACGCACAGUGGCAUCCAGAGUGUUUCGUGUGCAGGGAAUGCCUCGCUCCAUUUACAAAUGGAAGCUUCUUUGAGCUAGAUGGCCAGCCUUAUUGCGAGACACAUUACCAUUUAUUAAGAGGAUCUCUAUGUUCAGGAUGCCAGAAGCCAAUAACAGGUCGAUGCAUCACGGCCAUGGGCAAAAAAUUCCACCCCGAGCAUUUUGUUUGCGCGUUUUGUCUCAAACAGCUCAACAAGGGAACUUUUAAAGAACAAAACGACAAACCAUAUUGCCACCAAUGUUUCUCCAAGCUUUAUGGCCUUCCUAAUGUUGGGUAAUCCCCAUCUGGGACUCCCCCUGGACCUAUAAUUGUCCAAUGAAAUUAAAGUUUUUACCAAAAAAACAUUUUUUUUCUUUUAAGUUUAUUACACCGUACCGUAUGCUUUUGUAUAUUACCAAUUCAGCACCUAAAAACUUCCGAAUUAACACACCCAUUAAAAUAUAAAUUAUAAUUCGCAGUUAUUUAUUUUUAAUUUAAAUCAAAAAUAUUUUUGCACAACUUUUUAGGUGCCCCCUCUUUUAGACUGGAAUGAUAACUUUGUAAAAACUCGCGAUGAAAUGUGUUUUACGGUGAUCAUGUAUUAUUGCUUAAUUAUAUUAACCUGAAUAAAUCAAAAUCUGCUUUU